CUCUGCUCCCGCCAAACCCACGGGCUAUUCCCAACCGCUGAAAACCCGGCGCGGCCAUGGCCGCCUCCGCUCCCCUCCGCCUCAUCUCCCCCUCCAGCUCGCCACGGCCGUCCCGAGACCCGAGCCCCAGGCCCGUGUCUCCCCUCCACGCGUGGCUUCCCCGCCGCCGACGCCAGUUUCCCGCCGUUCGCUGCGCGUCCUUGUCGCCGCCGCCGCCAUCGCUCGACCUCCCGCUCCUCCCGUUCCAGCCCGCGGAGGUGCUGAUACCAUCUGAAUCCAAGACUCUACACUUGUAUGAAGCAAGAUAUAUAGCGUUGCUAGAGGAGGCCUUGUACAAGAGGAAAAAGUCUUUUGUUCACUUUGUGCUUGAUCCAGUUGUGGAUAGCUCUACUAAAGCUUCAUUUGCUGUAAGAUAUGGUUGCUUGGUGCAGAUAGAAAGUGUUCAAAAGCUGGAGAUUGGAGCACUGAUAUCAAUUAGAGGAGUGUGUCGUGUAAACAUUUCAAACCUUUUGGAUAUGGAGCCCUAUUUCCGUGGUACUGUUUCCCCAUUGAUGGAUGAUCCUUAUGAGGGUAUUGAAUUAGGGACAAAAAUUUCAAAGCUAAGAGAAUCUAUGUGCAAUUUACACAGGCUACAAAUGAAGUUGAAGGUACCUGAGGAUGAACCACUGCAAACUAACAUCAGGGCGUCUCUAUUAUGGUCUGACAAAGAAAUUUUUGAAGGGUAUAAUGAAUCUUUUAUCCCUUGUCUCCCAGAACGUCUCUCAUUUGCUGCGUACCAAACAGUUUCAGGUAUGUCAGAUGCCGAACUUCUCACCCUGCAAAAAUACAAGAUACAAGCCAUGGAUUCAACAGAUACUCUCGACAGAGUAAACAAUGGUGUCGAGUAUGUAGAACAUAAUAUCAGGAUGAUAGCCGCAAGGCUCGCAAUUCAGAAUAUAUGAUCCUCAUUGCCAUUAUUCAAUCCACAUGCUAAGUGGUGUCCAUGUUGCUAGUUCCAUUUGGUCCAGACUCUGAACUAAAAACCUUCUCCAGUUUCCUAACUGUAUACAGGGAAGGUCUGAUACAAUCUGAUUUUCUGACACAA